AUGGAGCAAGCUGGUGAACCAUCAGAGUAUGUCUCCUUCCCGAAGCAGCCGACCGCGACUCCCAAACGCCGUCUGAUAACGAUGUGCGAUGGAACAUGGCAAAACUCGUAUCGACGCGCAAACUCUGGGUCGUCUAACAUAGCGCGCAUAGCGCGUGCGAUCAUGCCGCAGAGUAAGGACGGCAAGAUUCCACAGAUCCUGUAUUAUAAUCCUGGCAUCGGGACCUCGCGGUCUGCGUGGAAGAACUUCUGGGGUGGAGAAGGUUUCAUUGACCAGAUCGAGCAGACGUACUGUUUUAUUUCAUACAAUUACCUCCCCGGCGACGAACUGUUUUUCUACGGCUUCUCUCGCGGCGCGUACAUGGUGCGCUCGAUCAGCAAUCUCAUUCUCGAUUUCGGAAUCCUGCGCAAGCCCGGCAUGAGCCGGUUUGCGGAGUUGUUUAAGAUAUAUACCAGUCGCGAGACAGCGGCGAGGACAAAAGCGCUGGCGGAGCUGCGGACGGAGCUGGUGAACAAUCAUCUGCUGAUUGAGGGGGAGAAAAUAACAAUCAAGUUUAUAGGAUGCUUCGAUAGCGUUGGUGUUCUUGGGAUACCCCAUAUUCUUCCGUUUAUACCCUCGAGUUAUUCAUUUUUAGACCUGCAGCUGAAAAAUAGAGUCGAGAACGCGUAUCAUGCUCUAGCGCUAGACGAAACACGGCUUCUGUUCCGUCCCGUGAUGUGGUUUUUUGAUCCCUCGAGUCCGCAUAUCGAAAAUUACCAGCAAACAUGGUUCACCGGUGCUCACAUCAACAUCGGCGGCGGCAGCAUGGGUAAAGAGAUUCCCGGAACCGGGUUACUCAGUGUUCCCGCAAUCGUGUAUCUGACCAAGCUAUGCCGACGAAAGCUCGCUGCUGCAAUGUGUCGCAGCCGGUCGCGGAGACUGAAAGCCAAGAAGCAGCAGGAGGCGGCGUACAACACGCUCUCGGACGGGACUCUGAUCUGGAUGAUUUCCAAAUCACGUCCGUUCCUAGACUUUGACGAGGAUUAUCUCCACUGCAAUAUCCGCGCACAACGGAUUUCGCACGAGGAGCGCGGAGGACCCGCGGGCGAUGGGUUUCAUAAGCCUCUUGAUUUGUUUCCGGAGCUGCCGGGGCAAUUGGAAAGUCCGUGGUAUAACGGUCCGAUUGCGGAUAACUAUUAUGGAAUGUAUAUGUUUUGGCUUGUCUUUGGUCGUCACGUCCGACGGGUCCUGGGAUAUACUCCCAAGAACGGCGAGUGCGGCCCAGCAAUGUCGCCCCGUCGCGAGGGCAAAAAAUCUCGAAAAGGCAAGAAACCGGCCUGUUCGCCAACCAGCAGUGCGGACUCGUGCGCAGAACAGGCCAUCACCAACGAGUGUAUCCACAGAUCUGUCCUGGAUCGAGGAACCACGCAUCCAGCUUUGGAAGCCGUUUACUGGGGCGAGGAGUCUGAGGUUGUGGAUGAUGGCAUGAAAAAAGUUGAGGUGGAGGAGUAUUCUGAUUUUGAGCUGGAGUUUUGGAGAGAUGAGAAGCAGUUUCCGUGA